AAAACAUUCUAGAAAUCAUUUCCCACCUAUGGGACAGGGAUUUUAUGACAAAGAUUUUGCCAAGAACAACGUUUCCUUUGUAUAGGCCGAUAAAACGUUAUCCUCUUUGGUGAGAGCAAAGCGCCACAUUUAAUUUAAAAAGAAGAAAUAAAACACUGCGCAUGACAGUAUUAGUUGAGGUGGAAGUAUCAAGUGCAACGAAGAUGAAGUUAUAUGCUAUCCGUACCAACAGCUCAUUUUUUCAGCCGGAGUAGGCCACUAUCUAUUUUACAGAAUGGCAGCCUUGUCUGCGCCCUGCUUCAACAUAAGUUUAGCUCAGAAAAGCCGCCAACAAACUUGCUUAAAGCAUUACAGACAACGGCAAGUAUGCUUGAAUUCGAAACCAAUCCGAGCUCGAGGCUUUCGAAUUGUUUGUAUGGCUGAGCCAUAUUUAAUAGCAAAAUUGGAUUCUGCAGAGAGAACAUGGAAGGAACUAUCGCUAAGACUGGCAGAUCCAGAUGUUUCAUCUAAUCCUGCUGAGUACCAAAAGCUUGCCAAAUCCUUGUCAGAGAUUGAAGAGGUGGUCACAACAUACCAAAAGUUUAAGGACAUUGAAAUUCAGCUUCAACAAUCAAAAGAACUGGCAAAAGAACCUGGGAUUGAUCAAGAUAUGUCUGAAAUGGUUGCUGAUGAAAUAAAUAUCUUAUCAAGGGAAUUGUAUGAGCUUGAGGAGAAGCUAAAGGUUUUGUUGCUUCCAAGUGAUCCAUUAGAUUCUCGGAAUAUCAUGCUUGAAGUGAGGGCAGGAACAGGUGGUGAUGAAGCAGGGAUUUGGGCUGGAGAUCUUGUUCAGAUGUAUCAAAAGUAUGCUGAAAAUAAUGGAUGGAAGUACUCACCCAUUUCAUACACAGAGGCUGAGAAAGGUGGUUUCAAGCAAUAUGUAAUGGAAAUAAGUGGUGAAAGUGUCUACAGUAAGCUAAAAUAUGAAUCAGGAGUUCAUCGUGUUCAACGUGUUCCUCAAACAGAAUCUCAAGGUCGUGUUCAUACAUCUACUGCUACUGUUGCAAUAAUGCCAGAGGUUGAUGAAGUUGAAGUGGUAAUAGAUCCCAAGGAUAUAGAGCUCUCAACUGCAAGGUCUGGGGGAGCCGGUGGUCAAAAUGUGAAUAAAGUUGAAACUGCCGUUGAUCUUUUCCAUAAGCCAACAGGAAUCCGCAUAUUUUGCACUGAAGCGCGAUCUCAACUAAAGAAUAAAGCUCGAGCCUUCCAACUUCUUAGAGCAAAAUUGUAUGAAAUAAAAUUGCGAGAGCAACAGGAAUCAAUCAGAAAUCAACGAAACACUCAGAUUGGAACUGGUGCACGCUCAGAGAAGAUAAGGACAUACAACUACAAGGACAAUCGAGUUAGUGAUCACCGCCUAAAGAUGAACUUUGAUCUCACAUCAUUCCUUAAUGGUGGCAUCAAUACAGCUGUGGAGUGUUGUGCUGCAAUGGAGCAAAAGGAAAUGCUCGAAGAGCUUGCAGCUUCAUUAUUACAGAAGAUUUGUCAGAGGUUUUUCACAGCUCGGGGCAUUGUUGACAGAUCUUACAAAAAGGGGGGCAUUCUGAUGGACAAAGGAGGCACAACAAGUUUUUGAGAAACUGAAAGAGGCAUUGGCAAAAUGUAGACAAUAUUUGGUUGGUGGCAAAUUUGUAGUAAGAAGUGACCAUAAGAGUUUGAGAUAUUUUUUGGGACAGAAAGACUUGAAUGACAGGCAGCAAAAAUGGAUCAGUAAGAUCCAAGCUUAUGAUUUCGAAUUUGAAUAUGUGAAAGGUAAAAACAAUGUUGUUGCAAAUGCACUAUCUAGAAGGCCUGAAAUAAAUGCAUUAUCUGUAGUAACAACUGAUUGGAAAUCUU